GCCUACUAGUCAUACACUAUAUGAACUAGUUUUUGGACAACAUCCAUUGCAUCAGUUUAAUAUAAUUGAAGAAUUAAAACAAUAUAAUAUUAAUAUAGAAGAGGACUUGCUCCAAAAUAUGGUUAGAAGUGAAGAAGAUUUGGAGAAUAUGGAUAAUAAUAAUGGCUUGCAUUAUAAUAACAGCUUGUAUAAUAAUAAUAGUGAUUUCAAUAAUAUGGAUAAUGAUGAACAGAGUCCAACUCAUCAUGAUAUUUACUGUCAACUUGCAAACAAGAAUCUUGAAGAUUAUUGUUCCAAGAUAGAAUGCCAAAUGUAUACAAAGUAUAAUAUUCAAGAACAUAAUUAUCAAGUUGGUGAUUUGGUAAAAAUACAAAUUGCAAAGAUUGACUGUGAACCUGGGAAUUAUUGUGCACUUUCUUGUAAAGUGUUUUUAGUACUAUCCAAUAAUAUGUAUCAUCUUGUAUACCGAUUUGGUGUUUUUGAAAGAGCAUUUUUAGCUGAUAAAGUCUUGCCACUUGGGCCAAAAGAAUUUUCUAAACUGAACAAUCUCUUAAUCUAUAAAAAUGGCAGUAUUGUUGAGGCAGCAAGAUUGCAAUCUAAUGCCUUUGCUAGUAAUAAAGGUUGCAAUUACAGAGGUGAUUGCCUUAUGGCAAAAUGUUUUUUGUAA